CCUAAAUGUUUAAAUAGUGUAAAUGCAGGAUUUGUUGAAACCGCUGAAGGGGUUGGUUGAUCCAAAGUAUUGCUCUGGCUUUAUUCAAUAAGUGCUACACUGAAAUUUUAAAGUCAUUCUAUUCCAAGAGUCAGCUUUGCAGUUGCUACUAAAAUGUCAAUAUUGUCAAGAUUACGUUGCAUCACUGUGGAUGUUACUGGUACUUUGAUAGCUUACAAGGGAGAACUUGGUGACUACUAUUGCAUGGCAGCCAAAUCUGUUGGGCUGCCAUGCCCUGACUACAAGCGUGUGCAUGAGGGCUUCAAACUUGCCUAUAAAGACAUGGCCAGAAAUUAUCCUUGUUUUGGGUAUGCCGCUAAAAUGCCCAACAUAGUGUGGUGGAAGACUUGUGUGAGAGACUCCUUUACCAGGGCUGGAUAUGAUUAUGAUGAGGAGACAUUUGAGAAGGUGUUUAGACGCAUAUAUUCAUCAUUUGGUUCAUCUGCACCUUAUACCAUCUUUCCAGAUUCCCAACCAUUUCUAAGAUGGGUGCAUGAGCAGGGGCUUAAAGUUGGGAUUAUUAGUAAUGCAGAGUACCGGUAUCGGGAUGUAAUUCUUCCAGCCCUUAAUCUGAACCAGGGAUCUGAAUGGGACUUUGGUGUGUUCUCUGGUCUGGAAGGUGUAGAGAAACCUGACACAAAGAUUUAUGAGAUUGCCUUGGAGAGAGCUGGUGUCGCACCAGAAGAAGUUCUGCAUAUUGGGGACAGCAUGCGCAAAGACUACGUGCCAGCAAAGAGUGUGGGGAUGCAUGCAUUACUAUUGGAUAGAUUUAAGACUCCUGAUGCUGAGGAAUGGAGGAAAUCAGGUGCCAUUGUGCUUCCUGACUUGAUGGCAGCAAAAGAUUUUCUUACUUCAGAAAACUCAACUUCCUGAGCGGCUCCUUUCCCAUUCAUGACUUUACAUGUAUAGUAUUUCCCAUCAUAUUGUUUAGACUUUGAUCACAAAUAUUAACCAGCUGGUUUGUCCCCUAAAUUUUGGUGGCUUGUUUUCACACCCUAUGACCAAAACUUUUCGGGGAUUUAAUGGGGGAGAAAUUGACACCAGUUUCAAUGUUAAUGAGCUCAAUCAUAAAGAGAGCAAGAUUAGACGUUCUCUUCGCUUUGAGCCUUUUUCUUUUGA